CACGCCGCAUUGCGCAGAUACAGAGGGAAAUUCCCCCCCGCUCCCCAGGCCGAGGGCUCAGAAGCGUUUCGCCCAGCAGGGCAGUCGCUGACCGGGGAGGGGACCCGGCGGGACCGGCCCGCAGCGACACCGCGAAGCGGCGGGAGACCCGCCCACCACUGCGCAUGCGCUGAGAUGCGUCAUUUCCGGGCGGUGCGGUAGUUCCGGGGCGCCGCUGCCUGGAGACGGCGCUGCUGCGCGGGAGCGGCCGAUCCCUGCUACAUUAUGUCAGGAGACAGCGACUGCACCAGGACAAGUCCAUCAGCGGGGUCUCCAUCAGACAAUGAAUUCUUGCCAGAUCGGCCAAAGUACGUUUGCUCACUCUCUCCUGAUCUCAUUACCAAAGCCCGGGAAGAGCUCCAAGAGAAACCUGAAUGGAGGCUCCGUGAUGUGCAGGCGCUCCGAGAUAUGGUGUGCAAAGACUAUCCCUCCCUGGGCACCUGCCUGGACGACGCUUUUUUGCUAAGAUUCCUCAGAGCCAGGAAAUUCGAUUACGAUCGAGCGCUUCAGCUUCUGGUGAACUACCACACUUGCAGGAGGAGCUGGCCUGAGGUCUUUGAUAACUUGAAGCCAUCUGCAAUAAAGCCUGUCCUAGAGUCUGGUUUUGUCACCGUGCUGCCUCGUCUGGACCCAGAGGGACGCCACAUCGUCUGCAUCCGUCCAGACAGAUGGACACCCAGUAAUUAUCCGAUUACUGAGAACAUUCGUGCCAUAUACUUAACGUUAGAAAAACUCAUUCAGUCCGAAGAGACCCAGGUGAAUGGAAUUGUAAUCCUGGCAGACUACAAAGGAGUCAGCUUAUCUAAGGCGUCUCAUUUUGGUCCUUUUGUAGCCAAAAAAGUGAUUGGAAUUCUUCAGGAUGGAUUCCCCAUUCGAAUAAAAGCUGUUAACAUAAUAAAUGAGCCUCGUAUAUUCAAAGGCAUUUUUGCAAUCAUCAAGCCUUUUCUGAAGGAAAAGAUAGCAAAUCGGGUUUUUCUUCAUGGCUCUGAUCUGAAUUCCCUUCAUCAAAACAUUCCUCCAGUGAUCCUUCCCGAAGAGUACGGUGGUACUUCGGGGAAGCUGGACAUCUCCGCAUGGAACGAGCUGUUGCUGGCUUCUGAAGCGGACUUUCUGCAUGAUUUCUCCCAGCUGGUUUUCCCAUGUGACAGCUCUCCCCAUGACAUGCUAGUGAGUGGGGAUGCUGAGGAAAAGCAAUGUGAUGAUUCUCUGCGAGGCAUGAAACCGCAGCUCUAUUACUGUUAUUAACAAAGCGGUAAAGGGAAGUUUCCCAGCACAGUUACGUUCUGUUCUGAUGGGUGAUGUUGUGAACUCUGCCUUACUCCUAAACCUGCAGUUUAGGAACAGACCGCUGAGGCACUUUACACUGUAGAACCAAAGGAAGCUGAAGGGGCACAAUGGGGGCAGGGCAGAGUUCGGAGGGGAUAAAGAGCACAAGUUGUGUACAAUACUUGAGGCUCAUCAACCUCGGUGUGAGUAAAACUGGCCUUUCUAAUGAUAAAGAAAAAUAUAUUGCAGGAUAUUAAGUUGAUAGUUUCUUAUCCUCUCUCUGCCCAGGUGAAAAGUGGCAGUGAUGUUUUGCUAGAUUUGUGACCAUCCAUUCCAUUCCCCUUCUGAAAACACCAGUAACCAAGAAAAGAAAAUUGCUCUUGAACCCUGAAAAACGUAAUUCUGUCAGUGAAGGUUGCUUAAAAAUGUUAAAGUCUGACUUGGCAGUUGGUCCAGAUUGUGAGUUGGCACUUCUGGAAUAUCUCAACAUAUACUCGUUUUAAAUUAAUACAGCGCAAAAGUUUCUUGUCCAUGAAUGCCAGUGUGGAGAUAAUCUCGAAACUUCCUCGCAGUAGGAAGACCUGCUAGAUUAACUACUACAACAUCUAUGCCAAUGCUUAUUAUAAACAGCUGCAAUCUUCAUUUUCAGAAAGCAGGAAGUUUUUCAGAUCAAGUACUACAGCUGUUAAUUAAACAGCUUCAAAUAAUGAGGUUCAUGACCAAAUAAGAAAAAGCUAUGUCAACCACCUUCCCACAUUGUCAGCUGUUCUUUUCUUCAGCUGGUUGUGAUGAGGAAUUGGGUAAGUAACUCAUAGAAUUUGUAAGGAGCCUUUGUAGCAGUUGACGUAUGAUGUAUAGAAGGCAAUACUUUAUGUAAGACAGCAAGGUGCUGCUUCAGCUUGUUACUUUGGGCAGAAUUUGCGUUUAAGUCUGUGAAACCAAAUGCAGACAGGCUAUUUCAAAGCACAUUCUUCAAUUUCCUGGUAUUGUAGCAUUUUGUUCACUGUGCUUGUUGGCUCUUUUGUGAAAUGUUACAAUUUUGGUUUCAACUUUGUUGACCUCUUUUGUCUUUGGUUGUCACGUUCCUGUAUGAAGUUAGUCUUUAACCAUCUCUGUAAUAUUUACCUGUAGCUUGUAUGCCUGUGCUUCUAGGUCUUUGUCUAGAGACAGAACUAAGACUCCGAUGUCGAAUCAGGGUAAGAUCCCUAUGUCUAAAUAAGCUGUUCCCACUCCCCAGGUUCCAUCUGUUUAGUGGUCUUGAAUUAGAACUUCUCUCUCAGCACACUCUUUGCACAUGUUUUUCUGCACUGUAAUACUGUGGAGAUGGGAAACCUCACUUGGACCAGGAAAGCACACCCAUUUCAAGGUGAAAUAUUUCACUCUGGUGAAAAGGGACAUCCCUUCUAAUUGGAGACUUUUCUCUCAAGCACUUUCUCUGGAUUAAAUCUUUAUUUAGUGCCAAGUGUGAUUAUAGCUACCAGUUAUGUUUCUGCGAAUAUAAAACUAAAGCAUCUUGAGGAUUUCAGACAUUCACUUUUCAAAGUGCCAAACUCUGUUUUGAAUGUCUGUUUCCCUCUCAGCUCCCCCACAGCACGAUUGCACUGCCAAAAAGAGACUCCUCUGCCCCUGCGAUGGCUUCCUGAGCUGGCACAGAGCUCAUCCUGGAACAGGGGCUAGCAAAUGCCAUACCCGUCAUCCAAGCGUUAUAAAUGGAGACUGAGUUUUGAAAAGGGGUAAACCACAAAGCUUUUUUUCUGGGUGGUAGUUCAGAAUUUGUGGGAGCAAGGAACUCAUCACUUGAUCUGUUUUAAAGGUGGGAAGACAUGAAUUUUCCUCAUUGAAGGCAUCUGAUUUUUCCUACCUUUAUAAGUCAAUUCUUACUUCUCUUUGACAGCUAUGACGUUUAGUGCAGAAAAAGAAAUAAAAACAACUAUUGUUUUCAUCUGCUUAAAAUAAGGUAAAAGAGUAUUGCUCGCCACUUCUCCUUAUUUCUGACCAGAAUGUGCUGCAUGUUUUGCAGAGAUUGAUUCAGUUCUUUGUGCCACCUGGCAAGACAGUAGCACACAGCACCAGGACUUAGAAAGGUAAGUGGCUGCUCACACUGUGUAACUGCCAGAACAGAGCAAGUGGCAUUUAUGUUGUUUUAGUGCCUCUUAAUUCCAGCCACAAUAUACAAUUUAAAGAAAAACACAGGAUGGACCAUUUUUCUUAGAGGUAAAGGAACAACUGGUAUUUGGUACUCUUUCCUUAAUUGUGUUGCGGGGUUUAAAGUGGUGGUACUUUGUCAAUUAACUUCUAAGAGCAGCUACUUUGAUCCCCUUACUGAAGUACUUACUAGAGAGGGAGGUCAAACAUUCAGAAUUCAGUUUAGUGUCCUUCAAAAAACCCCCAAACUGAGUGGUGUUCAGCACAAGGCUGAAGAAGCUCUACAGAAACCAAACCCUUUUACAGGCUUUAUUCUCUUGCAUGCCUUAAAUAGCAGGCAGACUAGAUGUGUUUUUUUCCCCCUUUCUUCUCUGUUCACAGAGAACCUAAGAAUAAACCAUAUGAUUUAAACAUAAUAGAUAAGGCUACAUUGUCAGUGCUGAAAAUAUACUGCCUUAUGCCUCCAGGGCUUCUUUUUCUUAAAGCUGGCUGCUGGGCAGUUGAUAUCUGGAUACUUGGACUAAAUCAGGUUUACCUUUGUCAAGCAUCUGUUACCUCUAAUUUGCUCUUUCUUGGCUUUAGCACUUGGACAGAGUUGCAACUUUAUUGAGCUGUAUCUCUAACCCUUUUUAGGUUUGUAACCAGUGCUUGGCUUGUCCUAUAGAAAGCACAGUUCUUACCUGGGCCUGACUACUGAGCUGAGAAUGCUCUUUGAGAUUUUAGCACUUCCUAGCAAAUAAAUCAGUUUGUUCCCAGUAUUUCUCAUGUCAGCAUUUAGAAAAUAAACAUUUAACUUGCAGAUAUGGAGACUCUAUACUUAAGAGACAGAAAAAGCUUACAGAGUUUGGUUUUUUCACAGCACUAACACUGAUCUGUGCUUUGCUCCACUUGAUGUAACUAAUUUCCAGAGGUUCCAUGCCUUGCCAUCCCUGCCAAAUCCAGUGCAUAAUAAGGGAAGAUAUUUUUAACUGCUUUGGGCUGCUAUAGCUUUUGGCGUUAAGUGGGACUAAAGGGCAGCCGUGUACUGUACAAUAAAAGUACUUGAAUUUAUACUCUUGCAAAUGGGUGUUACAAACCCUGAGGUAUUUUCAGGAAUUGGGUGAUGUAUUUUUCUUCAUGUUAAAUCUCAUUUAGGCAUGAGUUAAUCAUAGUGUUACUCAAACCAAUCAUUUUGCCUUCUGUUGUAUGUGGGCCUAGAGGUGUUGGGUUGUUAAGUGUACAUCUUAUUUUGAGAAAGUUUAUUUUUAUAUUGCAUUUUAUAAAAUGGAGUGGUCAAAAUGUGUAAUUUUAUGAUGCAUGACUGGGUGAUUAAACACAUUGUAACAGCUGCUAAUUUGAUAUUUAAAA